GUAAAAUGAAAGCUUUUAGCAACAAACGGACAGCCCUUAGCAACCAUAUAGCUUAAUCAAACACGGGGUUAAACUGGCAAAUAAAUAUGUUUUGUAUUUUUUCUUUAUUAGCAUCAUACAUUAACUGGUAGUUUCAUUUUUGUUUGGAAAAUUUUAUUCAAAUCCUAUGAAAGUGUAUGCAACCUUACUGGAAAUACUGUCUUAACAGUAUUAGCUUGUUUUCAUAAACAACUGUGAAGUCUCCAUGGAAUGAGCUUUAAUUUAUAGUAACGUUCCUAUAUUAUUUGUAUUCAUUAGUUUAAAAGGAUCAACGCUGAAAAUGAGCUCUGUCUUGGUUGAUCCAACACUUGAGAGGCAUUUUAAGGGUCAUAGAGAUGCCAUCACCAGUGUUGACUUCAACUGUAAUGUGAAACAAAUAGCCACUGGCUCCAUGGACUCGUGUGUUAUGAUCUGGAAUAUGAAGCCACAGAUGAGGGCAUACAGGUUUGUGGGACACAAGGAUGCUGUGAUGUCGGUUCAAUUUUCUCCUUCUGGUCAUCUUGUGGCCUCAGCAUCCAGAGAUAAGACGGUCCGGCUCUGGGUACCCAGUGUGAAAGGGGAAUCUACAGUAUUCCGAGCCCAUACUGGAACAGUCCGCAGUGUAACAUUUUCUCCUGAUGGCCAGACCCUUGUCACCUCUUCUGAUGACAAAACCAUCAAAUUCUGGACCGUUCAUCGGCAAAAGUUCCUCUUCUCCCUCAAUCAGCACAUCAACUGGGUCCGCUGUGCAAAGUUUUCACCUGAUGGGCAGUUGAUCGUUUCUGCCAGCGAUGAUAAAACAGUGAAGCUGUGGGACAAGAACAGCAGAGAGUGCAUUCAUUCAUUCUAUGAGCACGGAGGAUAUGUGAAUUAUGCUGACUUUCACCCAAGCGGCACCUGUAUCGCAGCUGCUAGUACAGACAACACAGUGAAAGUCUGGGACAUUCGCACCCACAAACUCCUGCAACACUAUCAAGUUCAUAGCGCAGUUGUGAAUGAACUCUCCUUCCAUUCAUCUGGAAACUACCUAAUCACUGCCUCCAACGACUCCACCCUCAAGAUCCUUGACUUACUGGAAGGACGACUGCUGUACACACUGCACGGUCAUCAGGGCCCUGCCAGUUGUGUAGCCUUCUCAAGGGCUGGAGACUACUUUGCCUCUGGUGGUUCAGAUGAACAGCUGAUGAUAUGGAAGACAAACUUUGACAGUGUGGAUUACAGUGAAGUGUUAGAAAUGAAAUGCACGAAUUCAGAGUGUCAGCCUCUUAAUCGAGACUCCAAAGCAUCUGUUCACAGCUCCAACACACGGCCCUCAGCACAGGUGUCGAAUGCCACUGGGCUGUCCAAUGAACUUACCUUACACAGGAAUGGCAGUAAAACACUCAGCCAGCCAACCCAAAACUUCACUGAACCCAGUGCGGAAUCUCCAUCCUAUACUCAACAGCAGCACCCUAAACAGACUGCAGCGGAUAGCAUUCCAGCUGCACUGGCCAGCACCCUAGAGCACAUUGUAGGACAAUUGGAUGUGCUCACUCAGACGGUGGCCAUUUUGGAGCAGAGGUUGACACUGACAGAAGACAAACUGAAGGAGUGUAUUGAAAUGCAGCACAAGAGCAGCUGAGUGAAACAGACAGAGAUACACACAGACAGACUUGUCACACUGCUGGAGCUACAACUCCAAAAUUUCUCACUGUCACUUACUCAAACACAUCUUUAUAAUGCUUUACUUGUGUCCAUUUCUGCCCCAUUCACACACAAAUAAGAGUAAAUAAAAAAUAAAGAUCCUUAUUUCUUUGUUGAUAGUUGUGAAUAAAACAAGAUACAAUUGUUUUAUUACUUGGUAGCAGAUGUUUUGUAUGAUGUGCAGAUUUUUGCAUUGUUAAGGCAGAAUUUAGCUGAGGGUGUAUGGUUUCUGCUGAGUAUGGGCAUUCAUUCUGCAUUUGUCCUGUGCUGCAGGCGGUAGCAUCAGAGGAAGCAUCAACUUUACUGUAUUGCAAUCCAUCCUCAAACCACAGACUGAAAUUGAGCUUUGGGUAGAAAUCUGACAAGAGAAAUCAAAAUGCAAAGCAUUCUUUACUUGUGGAAGCUAAGCAGUAUGCCUUAUAUUUUAAGCUCAACUUGCUUAGAUUUGUUGUCUUUUUCACUUUUGUUGCUGUAUUGUUGAUUGUUAUUUUUUCUUGUGAAUGUGAACUUUAAUGAGCUGUUGGUCUUAAAGGGAUAGUUUAUGCAAAACAAAUGUAAUUGAUGUCUUUAAUCUCUGUUUAAUCUCUGAAUUAUCUCACGUAAUUCCAAACCCAUAUGACUUUCAUUUUCCCUUGGAAGACAAAAGGAGAUGUUUGGCAGAAUGACAGCCUCCGAAUCCAUUCACUUUACUUGCCUCUUUUUUCCAUUCAAUGAAAGUGACUGAGGCUAACAUUCUGUCAAAUAUUUCCUUUUGUGUUCCAUGGGUGGAGUCAUUUGUGUUUGGAACAACAUGAGGGGGAGUAAAUGAUGACAGAAUUUACAUUUUGGGGUGAACUUACCCUUUAACUGGGUUUUAUUGAGCAUUUUAUAUUUUGCUUUAUUAACAUUUUCUCUGAGAAAAUUAAAGUUGUGAUAAUAUGACAUGCUUUCUGUGCACACUAUUCGGUGCUCUUAUUGUGUAAUACUGUAAAAAAUAA